CUCCUGUUCUUGAGUUUUCUUUUGUCCAAACCCUUUUGUAUCCGCUUCACUGUUUUGCAAGGUGGUGAUUGUUCACUUUCUUUUUUUAAUGGCUUGCGGUUAACUGGAUGAAAAGAACGUGUUGAGCAUUUGAUUUUCAUACUAAUAUAAGCUCAACACCUUUUACCGAGGAAGGUGAGUCGAGAGCUUUUUCUAAUAGACAUGAAGCAGGAAAUGCCUUCCCAAAGCAGUGCCCACGUCUAUGUCAGUGGUGCAAUAGUGUUACUAAUAUAAUAAUAUAAUAUUACUAACAUCCACAUGGUGAAACAUUAAGGGAAUGCAUUUCCUGUAUUACAACAGAAUAACGUAACGUCAGGAAAAUGGCAUGGCUUGAGCUUUGUGUGAUUUGUUAAAAGAGCAAAACCUCAAUGUCAGUACUGAUGAUGAGUUUUCUUGCAUGGUGUCAGUGCUUUUCAAAGAUCCAUCAAGGUUAGCAUGUGAUUUUUAAGCUCCAGUAUUUUGCCUUUUGAUUUGUCACAUUCUUUUCUUUUUUUGUAUGUCCUUGUGUGAUUGUGUCAUGGUUUGUCAAGUCUUUUGUCAAUUUUUUAGAGUUCAAAAUGAAAUGGAAUUUAAUUUCAUAACAAAGUUAUGGAGAAAAUGGCUCAAAAUGAAGUGAUGGUUAGACAUAAUGCACCAGUUAACAGAACAUUAUAAUGUUGAAGAGCCAUGAUACUUACAUGCAUCUUAUGAAAACAUAAUUAAACAGAAGACAUUAUGCUAAUUGCAUUCACAGACAUUGCCUGAAUGUACCUUUGGUAAAUGCCUUCGCAGGAUGAGCGUGAUAACGAUGGGCUGUAGUGUUACAGUGGCACUGCAGAACUCUACUGUGUCACUUUAAAGCAUAUAGAACAAGCUGGACACAAAUACAUUGCAUGAUGAUAUGUGCGUCUUCCUGUCUGGCUAAAUAUAGCUGUGUGUAUGUUUUCAUUGCAAAAACUGUACUUAAAAGCAAUCAUUGUCCAAGUUCCACUAACGGCAAACCCAAGUCAUGUCUACCAGCAGUGCUGGUCGUGUGUAAAGUGUAAGUGGUGUUUGUCUGUUUGGGAAAUCAUUGUGUAGCAGGAACUGCAGCUCAGAUCAGAACUGGCAUUUUUAAUUUCUGGCUUCAUUUAGACAGUCUCCAGCUGGCAUUAACACUGACUUUCCUGCUGUUUGUCUGUCAAAGCAUGAAAGUCAGUGUUAAUUGUCCCUUACUUAAUUCUUGAGUUUAUACCAUGUGAGCUUCGCUUCAUUAGGAUUCUUUACUUGAUACUGACACUUGACAAAUCUCACUGAAGUUGAUUCCAUUCACUAAACACUUGUGUUCAUCUGCAUGGUUUUCUUCUCAUUUCCUGCAUGCUUCUCGUGUUUCUCUGGGACUGAUUCGUAGACUCUGUUUUGUAGUGUAUUAUCAUACAUACAACUCUAUAACAGUCAGUUUGUUUGUCUAAUAGAUCAAUCCCUUUUUGUCUCUUAACCUUCCUGUGUCUCUCUAACUAAUCCAAAAGCCUGUACCUGUUAUUCUCUUCUUUUUUCUUCCUGCAACGGAUCAAAGAUGAUGUCUAAGAAGAUCCCCCAGUGCUCUGCAGUGGAUCAGUCAGAGCACGAUCAGCCUCCCAGCAAUUGUCAGGUGGACCGGUCCGCAAAUGCAGCACUGGGGUGCAGGAAGAAGGCUGAAUCAGGUCAAAGAAACGGAGAGACGGCGUCAUCAUCCCCAGAGAGCGGCAGCUUGAACGGAGAUGGAAAGCGCAGCGGAAAAAGCCGCCGUCGCAAGAAACGAUCAUCCAAUCCCGAGAGUCGUUCUGAGGGGAAGGUGGACAUUAAGACCAAGAGUGAAGAGAAGCCAGACAAAAGGACCGGCCAGCCGCCUGACCCCCGGGCCGGGCUCAUUGGCCUGCAGUCCGAGUGUGCUAGUGUGUGGUUUGAACGCAGCAUCUACGAGCGAGCCGAGAGCCUCUACCAGUGUUGGCUGGCGAGCUCCUCCAAUGGGACCACCCAGUCAAACCGGUCACCCCCAGCCCCAGGGAAACAUUCAAAGUCUCCGUCCACUGUGGCUCCAUCUUCCUCAGGACAGGCGUGCCACCACGGUGAUCAGGUGGCGUGCCACCACGUCGUCCAGGCCGUGUGGGUGAACAAGACCACCUUUGACCAAGCAGAACGCCGCUUCGUAGAAGCAUCCACGCCGUCCAUUCCAAAUUCUCUAGACAUCCCAGCCCAGCCCAACCGCGCCAUUGCACCCAGAACACCCGACGAAGGAUAUCAGUCUCUAGCCCCGACUCCUGCCACCCCUGUCGCCCAACAAGCAGCUGUCACGCCAACCAAUCGACAGUCGAUUAACGGCCUGCCCCGCAUCCCCGUGGAGCUGCUGAGAGAUGUGUGGCUGGAGAAACCGCUGUAUGACCGCGCCGAAGCAGCCUUCUACCAGAAUCUGUACGGUAACAAUUCCUCCAAACGCUCCAGCUCCGCCUCCACUUCCAGAAGUAGUGACCACCCUCAAAGCCUUGUAGAAGAGGAGGAGGAGGAAGAAGAGGAAGUGGUGGUGGAGGAAAAACGGGUGGUCCCGCAGGGUAAAGCAGAAGUCUUCCACGCUCUGCUCCCUAUUCAGGAGGAAGAGGAGCCGGCCGAGGUCCUAGAGAAGGAAGAGGAGUCGGGGGCCGGAGUUUGCUACUUUGCGCACCCGGACAACGAGCGGGUGUGGUUGGACAAAUGGCGGUAUGAUGCUGCAGAGAGCCGUUUCCAUGGUUACAGUGGGAGUGAAGCUGUGGUGGCGAAGAAGGGCCGGCGGCCAGAAGCGGCAUCGGUUACCUCCCCCGCCCCAAUGAGGGACAAGUAUGACCAAACCGGGAGAAUGGAGCCGCUCCAGAUGUUUCAGUUUUACCUUUCAUUGUUUUUCUUUACAAACAUGAGUUCCGUGGACUUUCUGGCCCAGGAGAAGAUCUGGUUUGACAAACCUCGCUAUGACGAGGCAGAGAGACGCUUCUAUGAGCGAAUGAACGGCUCCUCACAACCAUCACAGGACGUUGGAGCUAACACCAUUCUGCAAGACAUUGCUCGGGCCCGAGAGAACAUCCAGAAAUCUCUAGCAGGACUGAAGAAUACAUUGUGUAGCAGAGGGUCUGCUCAACCUUCCAGCCAACAGUCCCAGCUUAGCAGCAGCAGUGCAGCUGAUCAAGGAGAAAUCGUCUCCCGCAUUAAGAGCCUGGAGCUGGAGAACCAGAGCUUACACAAAGUCGUCGAUGACUUGAGGGCUGCUCUUUCCAAACUGGAAUGUCGUGUGGCCGUUCUGGAGAAAUCUCCCACUGCUGUGACCCCGGCUCCCACUCCUUCAGUUCCCUACACUAAUGGAACUACCGUCCAGCAGAAGACCUCCGCCCCGGUUAAAGAGGAAGAGGAUGAUGACGACGAUGAUGAUAUUGACCUGUUUGGUAGUGAUGAUGAUGAUGAAGAGGCAGAGAAACUCAAAGAGCAGAGAUUGAAAGAGUAUGCAGAGAAGAAGGCCAAGAAGCCCGGCAUCAUCGCCAAGUCCUCCAUCUUAUUGGAUGUCAAACCUUGGGAUGAUGAAACCAACAUGGCGAAGCUGGAGGAGUGCGUGCGCUCGGUGCAGGCUGACGGUCUGUUAUGGGGCACGUCCAAACUGGUUCCUGUGGGUUACGGCAUCAAGAAGCUCCAGAUCGCAUGUGUGGUGGAGGACGACAAGGUGGGAACAGACAUGUUGGAGGAGGAAAUCACCAAGUUUGAAGACUAUAUCCAGAGUGUCGACGUAGCAGCUUUCAACAAGAUCUGAUUCCAGUGUGUCUUUCUGUCUUUCGUAAACGCUUUGUUUCUCUGCUGAUUAUGUCAACGGUUAAUAAUAAUAAAAUCCAACUCUUGCACUGAA